GAUUAAUAAAAAAUAAUUGAACUUUUGCUUUACCCUUCCCUUGGAAAGUUUUCAAAAUGAAUCUGAAAUUUCCAAAAUGAGAAAAAUCAAUAUGUGUGGUAAACACGUCAACGUGAACUUUUCCAACUACCCAAAAGAAGAGUCAAGAGUAAAUAGUCCUGUUUAUACUAUAUAAAGUGGACACUCCAACAUCUUACUCCAACAUCUUGAGAUCAUCUCAUUCUCAUACAAGGCCCAAACAAAAGCUAAUAGUUUUGAACAAAUUUCGUAUCCUUUUGUGUCACUCCAUUUUCCAUUAACCAAAAAAAUCAUGUCCAAUAAUAGCAAGACACUUUUAUCUGCUGUGGCCUCUCUUGCAGCCUCAGCUAUGCUAAUCCGAAGCAUCACUAAUGAGUUCAUUCCUCAUGAGGUCAUAGAAUAUUUUAACUCAGGACUUCACAAUCUUUCUCGCAAGUUCUCCACACAACUCACAGUUGUCAUUGAAGAAUUUCAAGGCAUGUCCAGAAACCAAGUGUUUGAGGCUGCAGAGGCCUAUUUAGGCACCAAAGCCACUCUCUCAGGUCAAAGAGUUAAAGCAAGCAAAUCUGAGAAUGAUAAGAAUCUAUCGUUCGGGGUAGAUAGAGGAGAUGAAGUGAAUGAUGAGUUUGAAGGGGUUAAAAUAAGGUGGAUAAAAUUAUGCAUACAGGCUGAGUCAUCAUCUCGUAGGCAUCAUCAUGAUAUGAAUGCCUUACUAAGGUCAGAAAUAAGGUUCUAUGAGCUAAGUUUUCCAAAGAAACACAAGCAAAAGAUCUUUGGAUCAUAUUUGCCAUAUGUGAUGAAGAGAGCCAAGGCUAUCAAGCAAGAAAAUGAGACAGUGAAGCUUCACACAAUUGACUGUAGAGGCUAUUGGAAAGUGCCUGGUGUCACAUUUAGUCACCCCAUGACUUUUGAGACUCUUGCAAUUGACGCAGAGCUUAAGAGGGAAGUGGUGAAUGAUUUGGACAAGUUUGUGAAAGGGAAAGAGUUUUAUAAAAGAACUGGUAAAGCAUGGAAACGUGGUUACCUCUUGUAUGGUCCUCCUGGCACUGGCAAGUCUAGCCUUAUUGCAGCCAUGGCCUAUCAUCUCAACUAUGACAUCUAUGACUUUGUUCUCACUGCUGUUCAAGACAAUAGCGAGUUAAAGAAUUUGAUCCUUGGCAUGUCCAACCGUUCCAUACUUGUGAUUGAGGAUAUUGAUUGCACGAUCAAGCUGCAGAACCGAGAAGAAGAUGGGGAAACAGCUAAGAAUGGAGAUAAUAAGGUGACACUUUCAGGACUUUUGAAUAUUAUAGAUGGUCUUUGGUCAUGCUGUGGAGAGGAACGCAUUAUUAUCUUCACAACCAAUCACAAAGAGAGGCUGGAUCCUGCUCUGCUGAGGCCUGGGAGAAUGGACAUGCAUAUUCACUUGUCAUAUUGCAACUUUUCUGCUUUUGAGCAAUUAGCCUUCAAUUACCAUGGCAUUUCUCAGCACAAACUCUUUGAACAGAUUGAAGGGCUUCUGAGAGAAGUCCAAGUGACUCCAGCUGAAAUUGCAGGAGAGAUGAUAAAGAUCUCUGAUGCAAAAGAAGGCCUACAAGACAUUGUCAAAUUCAUCCACAACAAGAAAAUGCAUGCUGCAGAACAUGACUCAAAUUGACCAGAAUAACAAAGAUCAUGAAUUAGGUGGAGAAAAUUCAUGAUAAGAUAAAAAAUAAAAAUAAGGGAUUGAACCUCGUGCUCAGCUAUUAAAGAGAAAUUAAUCUUCUACACUACCCAGUUUCAAUUGUGGCUAUGAUUUUGUUUAUUCUUCAAGUGCUAAAUGUUGCCACAUAUGGUGUCAAAAAAAGAAAUGUUGCCAAAUAUCUGCGUCAUCUUCAUAUGUCAUGCCGGACUAAUUUUUUUUAUAAAGUCCUUUAUCUCCUUAAAAUAUCA